CUCUUUCCUCUCACCCAAACACUUCUCUUUUUCUCUCUCUACACUCUAUUCAACCCUUCACAUUUUCUCUCUUCUUUAUCUUAAAUUACUUUUCCAUGGAGGAAAGCAAGAAACGAGUCCGGGACGAGUCCAGCUACUCACCCGAGUCCCAAACUCAGCUGGUCGACUCUCCCGAGUCUGAAAGUCAGCGGGUCGACUCACCUGAGUCUAAGAUUCGUCGAGUUGACUCGUCCGAGUCUCAACUCGACUCGGUCCUUGACUCGGAGGUGCGUCUACAAGACGACAUUUUUAACAUACUUGACGACGCCGAUAAUGUGCCUGAGCGUGACUCGGUGCAGGGUCUUGACUCAGUGAUCAAAAGCUUCGAAGAUGAGAUAAACGCUCCUGGUUCGGAUUCUGGUUCGGGUGACCCGACCCAGGAACCAGACUCUGGGGAGCUACAAUCUAACUUGGGGUAUCUUCUAGAAGCCUCUGACGACGAACUGGGGUUGCCGCCGACGGUUGUUGACGGUGAGGAAACGGGUCGGGUUGGUCCGGAAAUGACGGAGCUUGCCAGGUUAAUGGGUUUUGAAGAUGAUAUACCCAGUUAUGAUGCAUUCGGGUUUGGGUCAGGGUUUGCGGCGGAGAGUGACGGCGGCGCCGGAGGUUUUGUGACGGUGGAUGGGUUGUUUGACUAUUCGGACCCGGCGGCGGAUGUUUUGUGGCGGUCGGAGUCAUUACAAGCUAUGUAGGUGACCGCGGCGAGAUUUUGCGAUGGUUUUGGCAGAAGGGUGCGUAGGGGUGGAAAAUGUAAAUCUAGGAAAAUAUUGGGGUUAAAAUAGGAGGAGGAAAAAAAAGGGUAGGGUAGCAUAGAAACGUGGUAGGUAGAUGUGAAAAGUUGUAGGGUUUGUUGUUUUGGUUUUUUCGUUGAAUUCAAUUGAAACAAACUGGACUACUUGAUGAGCCGUUUCAGUUUUGUUUUGUUGCUUCA